GCUCGUCCCCUGGGGGCGCUGCAGGAGCUUCACGUUGAAUCACAAAGAAGAAGAAGACGGCAGCAGCUGUUAGCUCGCUGAGCUAUAUUUACUCCAUGUCCGUCAGACAGUAACUUUACGCUUUGUUAUUAAAGGACAUCGAAAUAUCAAAACGCUAAUGGUGUGGAGUCGGACUCUUAUAUUUCUCUCCGCGCUGAGUGGCUAACCACAAAAAAGGAAGCAAUGUACUUCCAGGGCAGUCGGAGGCGAGGAGAGGAUGGCAUCACCAUGGUGAUUGACUUCCUGCUGUCUAAUGCCCGGCUGGUUCUCGGAGUCGGCGGGGCUGCUAUGCUGGGAAUUGCUACGCUGGCAGUGAAACGGCUGAUAGAGCGCGCAGGACGUGCAGCCGAUGAGGAAAAGGUGGAGCAGAAGAUGGCCGAGAGCUGGGAGGAGUUGAGUUUGGUCUCGGCUUCCCCGACGCUGAUCAAGAAGGGAAUAGAGGGUGUGGUGAUGAAGCAUGUUGCCAAGGCAGCCAAACAGCAGAAAGCGGACCUGUGCCAACAAUCUCAGACGUCCUCUGUGGAGGUGCAGCCUAAACCUGAGUCCAAAAGGCUCCAGUUGUGCGUCCUCACUUUGCAGGAGCGACUGCAGCAGUACUAUCACACGAGGGCAGCACUGGCACCACAUGAGGUCCAGAGGGCUCAGUCUCUAGCUUUGGACAUCUGCACUGAGAUCCAAGGCUUUCUGCACACCCGACAUCCUGACAUGCCCCUGGGAGAAAUGAGCAUCGGAGGUUCUCUACUUGAUGACCUGCAGGUGGUCAGUGCAGACCACGCAUGUCUGCUGGUGCCUCUAGAGCUGGAAGCCUCACUGUGGCGUCUCGUCCCAGGAGAGGAAACACUGCUCACACACCCGCUGCACUGGAUGGUCCGACGAGUCAAUUUGGAAUAUUUUCCCAGAGGACGCAGCUACUGGGACAGGUACCUGGUGGGUGGUUACCUGUCCUCAGAAGCUGUUGUGAACAUGUUUAUUAAGGCUAUCAUGGAAACUAUAAACUGGCCCUCCAUCAGCAGCACCAUGGACUGUCUUGUCAGACCUGUGCUGGGAGGACCGGACCUGAGACUGGAGAUCCGGCCUCGAGAUAACAACGAAGGGGCACAGAGCAGUGAUGUUCAGGGUGCAGAGCCUCUGUUUAUUUCCAUGUUGCCUCUGCUGAGGGAAGAGGACGUGGUUCUGACCGCCCAGCCUGAGCUCACCUCUCCCUGGGUCAACGCCUGGCACCUGUCUCUCUACCCAUGGGAGACUCAGCGCCUAGCUCAGCUCGACGCCGCUGAUGGCGGACACCGCAGACAGACACUUAAAAUCCUCAAAGCUGUGUGCAGGCAGAACCCCGCCCUGCGAUCGCUCGACGCAGCCCCGCUCGCCAAUCUCAUCCUGCACCUCAGUGACAGUGAGCACGACUGGUCUGAGAACAGCCUGGAUGUCAGAUUCCAGCAGUGUAUCACAGAGCUGAUUGGCUACCUAGAACAAGGGGCAUUACACAGUUACUUCAAGCCAGCUGUCAACCUGCUGAGCGGCUUGUCAGAGGACCAGGUGGAUCAGAUGGGCUUCAUGCUCUACUGUGCUGUGUCGGAGCCUGAAAUCCUGCUCAUAUAACUGUCUGCACAUACGACAACUUCUCAAGCUCUGACACGCCGAGAUCAGAGAAGCAAUCUUCUAUUAUCCGAGAUGACUGGUUAAAAGCAAAGAUGUAUUCUUCCCACUGCCUACUCUCGUUAUUUAGCUCUUCUAUCUUGCUUUGAUUCACAGGAACAGGGUACCGUUUGAAUGACAAAAUGGCAGGCACCAUGGACUAAUGUCUACACCGGAGGAGGCGAAUCAACAGGAACAUUGCAGACGUGAAAAUGAUAAUCAAUCACGCUAAGAGAAGAAAAAAAAUCACCAAGGAGCUAGAAGUGCCAAGCAAAGUGUUUAUCGAGAUGUUUGCUUCAGUAUGUGCCUGAUCAUCUCACACACCUCAGCCAAGUCUGUGUUUAAGUGUGUGUGGUUAUUAGUUGGUCAGCAUGCUACAGUUCAGUAUAUCAUUAACAGAAUAGGAGUGCAGUUUUACUUCAGCGCAUACAUUCUUUCUAUCUUUUAAUUGAUAGCGUGUGCUCUGUAUUAUUUUCCUAAAUCUCCUUUAAUAUAUUCUAACUAUGCAGAAAGAUAACCUGCUGAAAAAACACCAGGUUUGUGCACUUAUUGAAAAUAUUCACUGUGUCUGAGUUCUUUAACUCGACCUGUAUGUUUUCUCAUACUGGAGGUUGAAGGAGGUGUGCUGUAUUUUGUUCAUCUUGUUUAGUGUUCAGUCUGUUGCCAAACUUAUUUGGGUAAACUAAUUCUUUAAAUUAUGACUGAAGUUGCCUAAUAAUUUUAUGCACUUGCUUUUAAAUACAGUAUGAAUGUCGUGGGGAUUUUCUUCAGUUGCGUUGCCUUGCUGGGUGAAAGGAAAUGUAUUUUCUGUGAUUGAGCAGUGAAACUGCAAAUAAAGAUUAAAGCAUUUAUU